UGAACAUGAAUAUUCAUAUGGAUUUGAAAAUGUAUAUAAUAAUGGGGUUUUUUUUAAUUAAUUUCUAGAAUAUAUGAUAACACGUGUUUUUGGAUAUAUAUUAUUUAAGCUAUGGUGAAUACAAAUCAUAAAUAUUUUUAAUGAAUAGUAAAUAGAAGGCCUUUGCCUUACUUUUGCUCUUUAUGCUCUCAGGAGUAUAAGUGAUGACAUAGGAUUUGACUGAUGAACAAAGAAAGUUAUUAGAACAAUCCUAAGAAACCCAUGAAUUCUAAGCUGAAACAGGUAGAUUAAUGGAUAUUCUUAUCAAUUCUCUUUAUACUUAAAAAGAAAUCUUUCUUAGAGAGUUAAUCUCCAAUGCUGCCGAUGCUCUUGAUAAAAUUCGUUUCUUGAGUGUUAAGAAUCCAGAGAUUUUGGGAGAUAAGACAGAAUUAGCAAUUAGAAUUGAAAUAAAUACAGAAGAAAAGUCAGUUACAGUAACAGAUAGUGGUAUUGGUAUGACAAAGAAUGAUUUAAUCUCUAAUUUGGGUACAAUUGCAAAAUCAGGAACAACUCAAUUUAUUGAGGCAAUUAAAGGAGGAAAUGUAAAUUUGAUUGGUCAAUUUGGUGUUGGUUUCUAUUCAUGCUUUUUGGCAGGAUAGAAGGUUACUGUUGCAUCAAAAAAUACAGAUGAUGAUUAAUAUAUUUGGGAAUCUUAAGCAGCUCAUUCAUUUGCUGUAUCUAAAGAUCCAAGAGGUAAUACUUUAGGUCGUGGUACUUAAGUCACUAUUCAUUUGAAAUAGGAUGCAGUUGAAUUUGCUGAAGAGAGUACAAUUAGAGAAUUAAUUAAAAAGUAUUCUGAAUUUAUCAAUUUCCCAAUUUACUUAAAGGUAACAAGAGAAGUUACAAAAUAAGUAGAUGAAGAACCAGAAUAAUAAGAUUAAUAAGAUUAAACUGAUGAUGAUGAAGUCAAAGUUAAAGAUGAUGAUGAUGAUGCAGAUACAAAGAAGAAGGCUACUAAAACUAUUAAAGAGAAGGUAUCUGAAUGGAUGCAAGUAAAUGAAAAUAAAGCUAUUUGGUUGAGACCUAAAGAAGAGAUAUCAGAUGAUGAUUAUAAGAAAUUCUAUAAAGUAUUAUCAAAGAAUUCAGGUGAAGAUCCAUUCAAUUGGGUUCAUUUUAAGGCUGAAGGUGAAGUUGAAUUUACAUCUCUUAUUUAUGUUCCAAAAAGAGCACCAAGUGAUAUGUUUGAUAAUUAUUAUGGAAAAUAAACUACAAAUUUGAAAUUGUAUGUUAGAAGAGUUUUGAUUAGUGAAGAAUUUGAAGAUAUUCUUCCAAGAUAUCUAAGUUUUGUUAAAGGUGUUAUUGAUUCUGAUGAAUUACCAUUAAAUGUUAAUAGAGAAACACUAUAAUAACUUAAAAUGUUGAAGGUUAUCAGUAGAAAGAUUGUUAAGAAAAUAUUAGAAUUAUUUUAAGAUGCUGCUUCUUAUGAUGAAGAAGAUGAAGAUGAUACUGAAGAAGGAGAAGAAGAUGAUAAUAUGGCUGAAACAACUCCAGAAGAAUAAUAAAGAUUGAAGGAUGAAAAGAGAAAAAAGAAGAUGGAUGAAUAUAAUGAAUUUUGGAAAGAAUAUGGAAAGAAUAUCAAAUUAGGUGUUAUUGAAGAUUCAUCAAAUAGAUAGAAAUUAGCUGAAUUAACAAGGUAUAAUUAUUAUUUAAAUUAUUAUAUGAAAUAUUUUGGGUAUGAUGAUAAAAUUCAUAUAGAUAAUAAAUGGAAUCAUUUCUAUUUAUUAUAUGAUCUAUAUAAACAGUCGUCUGAUUCAAUAUAUUUCUAAUCUAAUAUUAUCCAUAUAUUAAAUAUUAUACCUAAUAUUUUAUUUUAGAUGGUAUUCAAGUAAGAAUUCAACUGAA